AUUAACACGAAUUAAGAAAGUCCCAGUUAAUUCAGAGGAGACCGACUCUCGAUUAAAUCUACAGCGUGAACUAAACACACGACGGAAUGCAAGAGCAUUUUCAUUUUGGAUUUACUCGAACCGCAGCCAAUUAUUCCAUGACUCAUUCUGGUGAUUCUGUCAUCUCAGAAAGAUGAUGCUCUUCGCCUCAUAUAAAUAAACCCACCAAUGCUCGAGCUGCACCGACAACUGACCCUCACAAACAAGGUAAUUUCCAGAGGACACCAAACUGAGAUAACCGGGAGUUUCUCUCAAUGAAGCUGCACGUGUUACUCGCUGCUGUGUCUCUUGGUGUCUUCAUCUCACUUUCUGGAUCCGCUCCCGGACACACGAACACGCAGCUGCCGGUUCUGAUGCGCUUAGGAGAGGAAUACUUCAUCAGGCUGGAUAACGCCGUUCACAAUCUGCGCGCACAAGACCGGAGAUCACCGUCACGCACCGAGGCGCUUCAGCUGCAGCUCACGAAGCGGCUGUUAGGAGGUAAGCUCGGUAGUGUCGGUAACGGGAUCAUGACCAAACUCGAGGAGCGGAAGCGCCGGUCCGAGGAUCCGCCAAUUUCGCUGGAUCUGACUUUUCACCUGUUGCGCGAAGUGCUGCAGAUGGCGAAAGCCGAACAACUGGCUCAGCGGGCGAGCAACAACCGGAAGAUUAUGGACGAUUUAGGAAAAUAAUCCAUGACUUACACAAACACAUGUAUAACGUAUUAAAAUAUGUUUUUAUGCUCA